UCUGCACUCCCUACAUCCCCAUGUUCUUUCUUGGGAACUCUCCAGAAUAAAAACAUAAAAACUCUGACGAGCUUCAGGCUGACACCCACCGAAGUACGUGGGCUCGGGGCUGCCACGCCUCGGCGAUCAAGACGGUGUGUGGCCCGGAAAGAUGUAUAAAUGGGGUGCUUACUUCAUUUUCUCGUGGACGCUGAGCUGACCUCUCAAGACCCCGCAAGUCAUGAGGCCUUUCCUCUUUCUCCUUGCCGCCUUCUUCUUUCUGGGCCCAGCCAGGAAUGAAUUUUUUGAUGAGAAAUGCAUCAAGCUUAAAGGGAAAUGCGUGAGUUCUUGUCAGAAAACUGAAGAACUUGUUGCUCUCUGCCGGAAGGCUCUGAAGUGCUGCCUGGUGGUCCAGCCGUGUUUGAACAGUUAACAGGAGCGGUGACCCCUGAAGACUAGGCUCCCGGGAGCAGCGCGGGGACCUGGCCGCGCCUUCCCUUCCCCGCCUC